CCCGGCUCGCCGCCGCCGCUGCCGCGCACUGCCCCGGGCCCGGCUGCCCUCCGCCUCCAUUGCCCUCGCGCUGUUCGCUCGUCGUCUGCCGGCCGGAGGGAGGGAAGGAACAUGCAGCGGGCCGCGCUCUUCAGCGGCGGUGAUGCGCAGAUGGCCGCCGGGGACCUGGGCGAGCUGCUCGUUCCCUACAUGCCCACGAUCCGGGUGCCCAAGUCAGGGGACCGGGUCUACAAGACGGAGUGUGCCUUCUCCUACGACUCGCCUGAUUCAGAAGGAGGUCUCUAUGUGUGCAUGAACACAUUUCUGGGAUUUGGAAGGGAACACAUUGAGAGGCAUUACCGGAAAACAGGACAGUGUGUGUAUUUGCAUCUGAAACGACGUGUGAUAGAGAAGGUACCAGGGGCAUCUGGUGGAGCUUUACCAAAAAGGAGGAAUGCUAAGCUAUUUUUAGCUGAUAAGAAGGGGCUUUUGUUGGUUACUGCUGAGAAAGAGGUCGUGCUGCUGGAAGUUGCUGACAGUGGGUGUUGCCACCCCUCAGGACUGGCUGGUGCAGCAGAUCUGGAGGCAAACAGUGAUCUGAACACUGAUGACUUUGAAUAUGAAGAUGAAGCAAAACUCGUUUUAUUUCCUGAUCACUAUGAAAUCCCAUUACCUAAUAUAGAAGAGUUACCAGCACUGGUGACGAUAGCUUGUGAUGCACUCCUCAGUGCAAAAUCACCCUACAGGAAGCAGGACCCUGACUCCUGGGAAGAAGAACUACAAGCAUCUAAACAUGCCAAAACACUUGUACAGUUAGACAAUGGUGUUAGAAUUCCCCCCAGUGGUUGGAAAUGCUCAAAAUGUGACCUGCGGGAGAAUCUGUGGCUAAACUUGACAGAUGGUUCUGUGCUGUGUGGAAAGUGGUUCUUUGAUGGCAGUGGGGGGAAUGGGCAUGCAACGGAGCACUACAAGGAGACGGGUUAUCCACUGGCAGUGAAGUUAGGAACCAUCACUCCUGAUGGAGCAGAUGUCUAUUCCUUUGAUGAAGAGGAGCCGGUUUUAGACCCACAUAUAGCAAAACAUUUGGCACACUUCGGAAUUGAUAUGCUGCAGAUGCAAGUGACAGAGAGUGGGCUAAGAGAUAAUGAUUUAAAACCAAGAGUCUCUGAAUGGGAAGUGAUUCAGGAAGCUGGUGUGAAACUCAAGCCCAUGUAUGGCCCAGGAUACACUGGCAUGAAGAACCUAGGAAAUAGCUGCUACCUCAAUGCUGUCAUGCAAGCCAUUUUCAGCAUCCCAGAGUUCCAACGAGCGUAUGUGGGAAACCUUCCACGAAUAUUUGACUACUCCCCUCUUGAUCCAACGCAAGAUUUCAGCACUCAGAUGGCUAAACUGGGACACGGCCUCCUUUCAGGCCAGUACUCUAAGCCACCCAUGAAAUCUGAGCUUAUUGAGCAGGUGAUGAAAGAAGAACACAAGGCUCAACACAAUGGAAUAGCUCCUCAAAUGUUUAAGGCUUUUAUAAGUAAAGGCCACCCAGAAUUUUCCUCUAAUAGACAGCAAGAUGCACUGGAAUUUUUCCUACAUCUUAUAAAUCUAGUAGAGAGGAACCCUGUAGGUUCAGAAAACCCUAGUGAUGUUUUCCGGUUCUUGGUGGAAGAACGCACACAAUGCUGCCAGUCCAGAAAGGUCCGCUACACAGAGAGGGUGGACUAUAUCAUGCAGUUACCUGUUGCCAUGGAGGCGGCAACAAACAAAGAUGAAUUAAUUGCCUAUGAAUUGAAGAGGCGAGAAGCAGAAGCUACAAGGAGACCUCUACCAGAGCUUGUUCGUGCCAAGAUCCCAUUUAGUGCGUGUCUGCAGGCCUUUUCUGAACCAAGCAAUGUAGAGGAUUUCUGGAGCAGUGCCCUUCAAGCAAAAUCUGCAGGAGUGAAGACUUCUCGGUUUGCUUCGUUUCCUGAGUACUUAGUGGUGCAGAUAAAGAAAUUCACCUUUGGCCUUGACUGGAUACCCAAAAAGCUUGAUGUUUCUAUAGACAUGCCAGAUUUUCUAGAUAUCAACCACCUUCGGGCCAGGGGUCUUCAGCCAGGAGAAGAGGAACUUCCAGACAUUGCUCCUCCCAUUAUCAUUCCUGAUGACCCAAAAGGUCGGAUGAUGAACAAUGUCAUGGAGUCUCUAGAUAUUGAUGAGUGUUCAGUUAUGCAACUGGCAGAGAUGGGUUUUCCUUUGGAAGCAUGUCGGAAAGCUGUGUACUAUACAGGCAACCUGGGUGCUGAAGUUGCUUUCAACUGGAUCAUUGCACACAUGGAAGAAUCAGACUUUGCUGAGCCAUUGGUCAUACCUGCAUAUGGAGAAGUUGCUUCCAAUGGAGCAGCUGCAUUUGGGGCUGUCGGGCUAGAUAACCAACCUCCUGAAGAGAUGGUUGCAAUUAUAAUUUCGAUGGGCUUCCAAAGGACUCUAGCAAUUCAAGCACUGAAGGCAACAAACAAUAAUUUGGAGCGUGGACUGGAAUGGAUCUUCAGCCACCCUGAACUCGAGGAAGAAAGUGAGCCUGCUUUGGACAUGAUGGAUAUGGACAACAAUGCUAAUGCCAGUAUUGCAGAGACAGGGUCAGAGGGACCCAGGAUCAAAGAUGGGUCUGGAAGAUACGAGCUGUUUGGGUUCAUCAGCCACAUGGGAACAUCCACAAUGAGUGGCCACUAUGUUUGUCACCUCAAAAAAGAAGGAAGAUGGGUGAUCUACAAUGACCUUAGAGUCUGUGCCUCAGAACGACCUCCCAAAGACCUGGGAUACAUUUAUUUUUACCACAGGAUACCAAUUUAGGCCUGAAAUCUCUUACUUGGCCUUAAAAAGCCAUAAGCCUUUUUAACCUGCCCAAAAAAGCGUACAAUAAAAAAGAAAAGAAAACCUAAAACCCACAGAAGACCCCUAACCCUUGAACUGCCAAAAAGCAAAGGACAUCAUGGGAUAUUUAUAGUUUAUUUAAAAAGUCAUUUGAUGCUGCCUUAAGUGUUAGAGGGCAAAUUUCUAUUAGGUGAUGUAUAGUACGUUGUUUUAAAUUUGUACAUGUUAAAGGAUACCUUAAGACCAUGCAGAUUACUGGUGGAGUUUGCAGCUAGUAUAUGGAGAAAACAGAAGUUUCAGGGUUGAACAAAAAUAGCCCAUCAACUGGGGUUCAGCCCAGCUCCUGCCUGUUCUGUCCAUGCAUCUGUUGAAGACCACAAAGAAAUAUUUGCACCUUUGGUAACUGGGAACCAGUGUUUUCAACCAGAGUCCAGACCACUUAGAGAAACCAUGUCACGUAUAGAGUUGGAGGGGGUAUGCCAGUGCACUUCAGAGCAGAAUGUCUUAUUUGAGAGAUUAUUUUUGGUGUAGUGAGAAAAUUCCAACAGAUGUAGCUAGAGUUAUGUCUGUUGGAAUUCAGUUUUAUAGUAUUUUGGUUUGCCUUUUUGAUGCAUAAACCUAAGAAACAAAUGGAGAUGGAAGCAAUCUCCUGCCAGUGCCCUGCACAUUUUCUUAGAAAGAGAAAUAGUAGAUUUUGUUUUUGCACACACAGGUUUCUUCAUCUUCUCUUGAAUGUUUCUUUUGCAAGUUCUUCCAAUAGAUUCAGGAUUACAGAUGGCUAAAGGAAGCAGACUUUCUGACUAUAAAAUUAAAAGCAUACCCUUAGGAAAGCCAAGGGUAUUAUUUAAAUUUUAUUUUCUUAUGAAGGAGGUAAAGGAGGUGUUAAUGUCCCAUUAUAUUUAUUUCAGGGAAAUUUUCAUCCUGACCACUCACAUUCCAUCUGAAAUCAACUUGACAAAGCACUCACAGUGCAAUUCUGCUUUCUGCCAAAGAUUGCUUAAAUACUUAGUUCCAUCCAUGAGUGGGGGAAAUUGCUUAGUAAUAUUGCUGAUUUAUUGAUUUGUCCCUCUCUUUCCUCCUUUAAGAAAUACCCAAAUAUCAAAACCAAACAACAAAAAAAAACCCACCUUGAAAUGUUGCAGCUUUCUUAAAACUUGCAAACACACCAAUAAUCUGAUCUCUUCAACAGACAAGUUCUGAAGGGGUUUUUAUAUUUCUGGCAGGUAUAAAGGUAGGGGCUGGCCUUUCCUGCCUCUUUUUUGGGGCGGGGGAGUAGUGCUGUUAUUUCAGUUUGUGUCACAGGCACAGGCAAGUAUAUGUAUGUGGGGUUUUAAACUGUUUGAGAACACUAGUUCUAGAAAAAGUAAAUGGUGAGUGUGAAACCUUUCACGAUUCCAAAAAACCCUCAAAGGUUCACAGUGUUGGCCACUGCUUAGAGACUGUUGCUGGAGUUGCCUCAUACAAUGUUACUGAGCCCUGAAAAUAAAUUGGAACAAUCAAUCAAAAAUAAAGAAAUAAAAUUCUCUUUACAGAGUGCAGGAGAGGCAGGGAGGUGUAAUUAUAUUUUCUCUGCAGUCAGUGCCUGCAAGUUUAAUAGCAAAAUUCAGGCAGCUACACACUACAGAAGAGAAUCUAAAUAAAAAAUCAUGUUCUGAGUAGGGCAUUUUAUUUUUUCCAGUGUUUGGGGAAAAAUAGUUUUUCCUCUAGUCAUACAGCCUCAUGCAGAGCCAAACCCCACUGCUGGGUUGGUUUUUUUUUAAAAUCAGUUUAUGAUCUUAAAAGAUUAUGAGAGAAAUUCUAGUGCAAUAAUUCUGUAGAGUCUAAAUGGUGCCUAAUUGCUGGGAAAGCUUCCUGCACUUAGUGCUCUUAUUGACACAGAAGAGUGGCGUCCCAGCACAUUAAUAAGUGGCUUCUCAGAUUCAGCUGCCUUGUAGUUAUUGAGCCACCAGUUCUGGACAAAAAAAAAAGCUGCCAGUAAUUUUUUUGCUUCUUCCAGGUUUUAAAUAUUUGUGUAUUUCACCAGAAAGUGACAGAUUGGAAAAUGAGAUCAGCAAUUUAUGCAGUGAUGCAUCAUCUAUUUAAAGUGAAAGAAUAAACCUUCCAUAUAUCUGUUUGUGCUCUUUCGUUUUGGCAGUAGGAAAAGGACAAAAGGCUUCUCCUCUUUUGCUUCUAUUUUGUAAUUUUAUUUUUUUUUUCAAUGCCCAGUUGCAUUCUGAGGAAGCUCAACACAACAGCUUCCCUCUUGCCUCAUGAACUUAAAGGGCUGUUUAUAAACUAACAAGAUCUGGUGGCUGCUACCUUUUUAGUUAGAAGAAUUGGGUAAAUGAAGGCCAACAGAGUAGUUCCCAUGUUCAUUUCUAAAUUGGAAACAUGGCUGGUCUUGUAGGAUUAAGGAUGGAGUUUGGACGCUUGCAAACCUUUUGUCUGGUACAUCCUAGAACUGGAGUGGCUGUGCAACUGGUUAAUGGGAGGCACACUUAGAAAGCUGGCAUGUGAGAAACUGGAAAUGGCAAAUGAAAGGGGAGAGCCGUUCACUGGCUGUGAUAGGUGAACUGUAGCAGCUCAGCUUCUGAAAUUCCUUUCAGUUCAUCACUCUUGCAUACUGCCUGCCUACCAGUGGGUCAGAAAUGCAGGGAGCAGCUUAGAGGAAAGGCUUACAGAUCUUCUAAAAUACAGGACUUGAAAAUAUGUUAAAAGUUCUUCAGCUGUUUGAGGAAUUAUUUUAUUAUCUCCCAAGGUGGCUUUCCUCCUAUUUCAAAUGGCCAGUUAAGAACAUGUCUUUUUUGUGAUGGGUUAUGUGUCAACAUCAGGAAUCUGGAGGAGCAGGAUGUGAACUCCUGGCUCUUUAGCCUAAUGUGGGGAGAGGAGUUUUGUGUGUUCAUUUUAAACUUAAUGCAGAAGCCACACUCAGACUGUACUGAAUAGAUAACUAAUUUACCAGGCUUUGCCUGCUAAAAUUUGUAUGCACUUAAUCGUGUUGGGCCAGGCCUUGGUGCACAACCUGGGCAGUGGCUGGUGGGGAAAAACUGUGUGUCUAGGUGCUAAAAUAGGAGUCAGGUGUGCUGAGAGCUCCUUGACAAAAAGGAUGGAGGAAGAAAAAUCACUGUGAGCUGUUUGAGACAAUCUAACCUGAGAAUUAUGGCAAGCCAGGACUUGGCAGCAAAUAAUAAUGCUUUUCUUUCUCAGACUGAUUUUUACUUUUUCGUAUGAUACAUUUAGGUUAGGAGAGUGGAAGAGGGAAGAAUUCAACAACUUUUCCUUGUUUUCCUUUUCUCCUCUUAUUCCUAGCGGUGUGCUGGAUCCAGUAGACCUCUCAUUCUGAGUCUUAAUCUUCAGUCUCCAGAACACUCCUAUUUAAUCUUCCUAGCUAAAAUAUAAUUAAGAUGAAAAGCUGUAGCUCAAAACCAAGUCUGGAUGUUUCUGGACUGCUAUCACUUGUAAUUCUAGUGGGUUCAGUGGCGUUACUUCUGACUUUGGUUUAACAGAAACCAGCAACAGUCCAUUUUUUUUUUUUCCAUUCAGGCAGCCUCCACUGGGUCGUAGCACACAUUCUGAAUACAGAUGCAACCAGAGCUUGUUAGAUUGUUUUAGAAGCAUCUCCAAUUCAUUCCUUUUGUUCUCCAUCCUGGCAGCAGCCAUUUUUAUCUUCUUUGUUUUCAUGCAUUGAAAGACUAUGCAAAAUAUGUAACUGGACAUAACUUUUUAUUCUUCUUCCCAUCCCCCUUCCUACCUUAAUGGCUGAGAUCAGUUUCUGAUUUCUGUUCAUUUUUGGUGGUUUUACUGUUGUAUCCUGGAAGUGUCUGUACUGGUUUACUUUGCACCAUUCAGAGUUGUUUGCUUGAAGCACUGUUAACAUUUUGGAGAGUAUUUGUCUGUGAUGAGAAAGGUUGUGAAUGACAUUGUUGCUACUGUUUUAAAUUAAAAAGAAAUAUUCUCACA